AGUCUAUUGAAUUAGAACAUUGAUCUCUCUCUACUCUUCACACUUGACACUUCACAUAGGGCGCGCAGAGCACAGCCACAGAGAACCAGAGCUGCUUCACAUUCAUCCGCAGCGAACCUUCAUAGAGGUGAUUAGAGAUGGGAAGUAAAGGUCGAAUCCCGCCGGGCCAUCUCCGGCGUCCUCAUCCCGGACCCGACCCUUAUGGGCCUGGUGGGCCGGGCACCCGCCCACCUCCAGGUGCAUACUCACCAUUUGACAUGUUGCCUCCUCCACAAGUCUUGGAGCAGAAGCUGGCUUCACAGCAUGUGGAGAUGCAGAGGCUGGCCACUGAGAAUCAGAGACUCGCUUCGACGCACGGCAGCCUGAGGCAGGAGCUGGCUGGGGCUCAGCAUGAGCUGCAGAUACUGCAUGCUCAGGCCGGGGCUAUGAAGUCCGAGAGGGACCAGCAGAUGAGGAGCCUGGUGGAUAAGAUUGCCAAAAUGGAGGCUGAGCUGAAAGCGGCAGAGGCUGUUAAGGGGGAGCUGCAGCAGGCGCGCGCCGAGGCGAAUAACUUGGUUGGGGCGAGGCAGGAGAGUAUUGUGAAAGUGCAGCAGUUGGGUCAGGAGCUUCAGAGGGCGCAUGUGGAGGUGCAGCAGGUUCCGGUUUUGGUUCAGCAACUGGAUGGCCUCAGGCAGGAGUAUCAGCAUUGCAGGGCUACUUUUGACUAUGAGAAGAAAUUGUACAAUGACCACCUUGAAUCACUUCAGGUUAUGGAGAAGAACUAUGUUACUAUGGCUAAGGAGGUAGAAAAGCUACGAGCAGAGUUAUUGAAUAAUUCAGGUGCUGAUAGAAGAACUGGUGGGUCUUUUUAUGGGAAUCCUGGAACUAAUGAAAGUGAUGCUUCUGGCCUUGCUGCAGGACAAAAUGCUUAUGAAGAUAGCUAUGGUGUUGUGCAGGGACGUGUCCCUUUUCCUGCUGCUGGUGCUUCUGCUGGCAGUGGGCCUGUGAACACCGCUGGGGCAGCUGCUGCCCCUGCCGGAACCUCUCCAUUUGCUGGAACUCAGGCUGGACCUCUGGGAAGAACUGGUUAUGAUGCACCAAGAGGGCAUGUUGGUUAUGAUGCCUCUGGAGGACAUGUCGGCUAUGAUGCACAAAGACCUGGCUAUGAUCCACAAAGAGGACCCGUCUAUGAUGCGCAUAGACCAGGUUAUGAGGUGCAAAGAGUAGCCGGUUAUGAUCCAACUCGUGGUCUUAACUACGACGCACACGCAGCACAGGCCAGAGGUGCUUCUGGUCCCCAGGGACAUGUGCCUACAAACAAUAUGCCCUAUGGUUCGGCCACUCCGCCUACUGCCCGAGGAGGUACAAACCCAGCACGUAGAUGAAGCAUAGACACUGCCCUUCUGCCAGUCACAAGUAGUUUAGUAGUAACGAUAUCCAAACUUUCUGAAAUUUUUCUCUGAAUCUCAGAUCUUCUGGCUUCCCCUACCUGAAAUAACAAAUGUAUCGGUCCAUUGGUUUUCAUCCUUCAAAUAUAUUUUUGGUCCCGGAGUUGUAGUAGAAUCAUGUCAAAAACUCAUUGUGAAGAGGGCACUGUGAAUUUACGCAAUUUUACUUGAUUUCUCAUUUGGAAAUGAUAUU